GUGGCGUCUCCUAGCAUCGAGAGGAUCACUAGCGUUGGUAGGGUCGCCAGACCUUCCAGAUCUGCGCCUCUACUUUAGUCUAUCCUCUUUGGUCUGCCCGUUUUUUAUAAUAUUCAACGAGAAGUUGGCAGCAAAAUAGACUGCGAUAUUGAAAGAUCGAUAGGGGAAGGCGCCAGCUCGAAGAUUCUCUUAAAUCGUCCCAGCGUCGUUCGUUGUCAAUGGAUCACCGACGGAAAUUAUUUAAACAGCGAUGACAAUCGCAUUAAAAUUUAUCGUGGGUAUAAUGAGUACAUGGAAAUUGAUACAGAGACGGUGCUAUGAUUUAUUAUCACACAAAUAUUCACUGUUGAUAAUUCUGGUGGCCUUCACGUGCAUUUUCGUUGGGAUUAUACAUUUUGGAGAGGUCUGGUUAGCAUGGAGCAAAGAAAAAUACGAAGCUGUAUUUCACUCAUUCAAUGACAACAUCCUGGGGAAAUCAUUUCAAAAGAAAUUAUGUCAACACGUUCCCAUCGACGUUGUGUACACGUGGGUGAAUGGUUCGGAUCCAAAGUUCAUAGAAGAUUUAAAAAAAUACGUUCCCGUGAGUAACAUCAACAGCGCAGCGUCAAGAUUCAACGACAAAGAUGAAUUGAGGUACUCCUUACGAUCAUUGGAGAUGUAUGCGCCCUGGGUAAGACACGUCUACAUCGUCACUAAUGGCCAAAUACCGAAUUGGCUGGACAUGGAUAACCCUAGAAUGACUUUAGUGACUCACAGUGAUAUUUUUCCGAAUAAAAGUCACUUACCUACGUUUUCAAGUCCAGCGAUUGAAAGCCAUAUUCACAAAAUUCCAGGAUUAUCUGAUAAAUUUCUGUAUUUUAAUGACGAUGUUCUACUGGGGAGUGAAGUAUGGCCCGAGGAUUUUAUAACACAGACUAGUGGACAAAAAGUUUACCUCGCAUGGUGGGUUCCUGACUGCUCUGACAUAUGUCCCUGGUCUUGGGUUGGAGAUGGCUCUUGUGAUCUAGUCUGCAACACCACAAAUUGUGAAUACGAUGGUGGUGAUUGUAGUUCAACUCAGAGUCCAACUGACAGUGAAAUUAUCGAUGAGGAUGGAGAUUAUCCGUACAAAUUGCUCCAGAGUAAUCAGUACAAACACAGAGAAAGUCUUAAGUUAUUGGAGGCCUUGAAGAAUCAACGAAAUCGCGAUUUUUUCAGUGAAUUCAAUUCCAGUGUUACACUUGUGGAGGCGAAUACCUCAACUUCAUUUUCAAACGGAGAAGACAAUCAAUUUGGCAAAUUAAAAAAUGAAAAUAUUCAUUGGAAUGGUGAUGAUAAUUCCCCAAAAAGUAACUUAACGACUGAAAGUCAUGGAUUUAAAUAUGAGUUCGCCAAUCCAAUGAAUAAAAAAAUAGUUCAGAAUAAGAAUGACGAUAUAAUUAAUCUAGUGCACGUUAACGGCAAUGAAUUAGGACAAAAAAUAAAGCCAAGUCAUUUGAAGAGAAAAUCUAGAAAACUAGACACUUACGCCGAGUCUCUUCUCUACGUCAAUAGAAUUUAUAAUUCAGCUUAUGGAUUUGAAAGACGUCGAGUGCCAGCCCACAUGCCUCAUCUAGUCGAUAAAUUUAUCGUCGAUGAGAUGCAAUCGAAGUUUCAAAAUGAAUUUGAUAAAACGUCUUCACAUACCAUCAGAAAUUCUGAGGACAUGCAAUUCGCAUUUUCCUACUUUUAUUACUUGAUAAGUGAAAAAAUGUUCGUCUCAACUGGUGAAUUAUUUGACAUGCUCGAUACUGACAGAUCUGGUACGUGGUCAGAUCGUGAAAUAAGAACACUUUUAUCGAGAAUGCACGUCUUGCCCCUUGACUACAGUUUUGUAUUAAAAUUCGAAAAUUCCAUAAAAAAUUGUUCAGAUAACAUUAAGAUUGAUUCAAUACCAGAGGUACCACCAGGUGAACGUUAUCUUGAUUCAACGUUGCCAACAGUGACGCGGGAAUUGAUAAUAAAAUGUGAAGUAAUUGCCAAAAAACUUGGCAGCCAAUUUGGGAUCAGACAACGAUAUCAACAUGAGAUAUUGAAAGCUGGAAAAAAUGAGAUCUUUGAAAUGUUGACUAGCAAUGUUUCCAUGACUGUUCAAAUUUUGGAUGAGAUACGACAAGAGCCAAAGAAAUUUAUCUGUCUCAAUGACGAUUUAGAUCCAUCUAGAAAAAGUGAAAAUGAAGUUGUUCGGGCACUUCUCAGUGAUUUUUAUCGUUCAAUUUAUCCUCUGAAGAGUAAUUUUGAAUUACCAUCGCAAUACAGAAAUAGAUUUUCCCAUCGGGAUGAUUUAUACGAAUGGAGGGCUAGUCGAACAAGAGCUAGAAACAUUCUACUGUUGUUAGUUUUUAUUUUAAUUUUUAUAACGUUUUAUCAUUUUUUCUACCAUCAAAUACGCAAAUUUUUUCGAAGCAGAUCAAUACCCGGUUUGAUCGUCUGA